CGGAGCCGGGGCAGACCGUGAGCGAGAGCGCCUCAGAGAAGCGCUUGCAACCUCUGUGCCUCCUCCGCCAGAACCUCGAGAGAAGGACGCCCCCAGCCUCGGCCCUAGCCUCACCGCGCUCCCGGAGCAUCCGAUCCCGCUGCUCACCGCCUUGUUGGCUUCCGUGUCGCUGCGCUCGUCCCGGCUCUUUCUGCGCGCCACAAUGAGCUCCAGCACCGCCAGGGCGCUCGCUGUCGCCGUCACCCUUCUCCACUUGACUAGGCUGGCACUCUCCACCUGCCCCGCCGCCUGCCACUGCCCUCUGGAGGCGCCCAAGUGCGCCCCGGGAGUCGGGUUGGUCCGGGACGCCUGUGGCUGCUGUAAGGUCUGCGCCAAGCAACUCAAUGAGGACUGCAGCAGAACGCAGCCCUGCGACCACACCAAGGGGCUGGAAUGCAAUUUCGGCGCCAGCUCCACCGCUCUGAAAGGGAUCUGCAGAGCUCAGUCAGAAGGCAGACCCUGUGAAUAUAACUCUAGAAUCUAUCAGAAUGGCGAAAGCUUCCAGCCCAACUGUAAACAUCAGUGCACAUGUAUUGAUGGCGCUGUCGGCUGCAUUCCUCUGUGUCCCCAAGAGCUGUCUCUCCCCAAUCUGGGCUGUCCCAACCCCCGGCUGGUGAAAGUCAGUGGGCAGUGCUGCGAGGAGUGGGUCUGUGAUGAAGACAGCAGCAUUAAGGACUCCCUGGACGACCAGGAUGACCUCCUUGGAUUUGAUGCCUCGGAGGUGGAGUUGACGAGGAAGAAUGAGUUAAUUGCAGUUGGAAAAGGCAGCUCGCUGAAGAGGCUUCCUGUCUUUGGCACCGAACCGCGAGUCCUUUACAACCCUCUGCAUGGCCAGAAAUGCAUCGUUCAGACAACGGCAUGGUCCCAGUGCUCCAAGAGCUGCGGAACUGGCAUCUCCACACGAGUUACCAAUGACAACCCAGAGUGCCGCCUGGUGAAAGAGACCCGGAUCUGUGAAGUGCGUCCUUGUGGACAACCGGUGUACAGCAGCCUGAAAAAGGGCAAGAAAUGCAGCAAGACCAAGAAGUCCCCAGAACCAGUAAGGUUGAAUUAUGCAGGAUGCUCCAGUGUGAAGAAAUACAGGCCCAAAUACUGUGGCUCCUGCGUGGACGGUCGCUGCUGCAUGCCUCUGCAGACCAGGACCGUGAAGAUGCGGUUCCGAUGUGAAGAUGGGGAGAUGUUUUCCAAGAAUGUUAUGAUGAUUCAGUCUUGCAAAUGUAACUACAACUGCCCACACCCCAACGAGGCAUCAUUUCGCCUCUACAGCCUGUUCAAUGACAUCCACAAGUUCAGGGACUAAAUGCCUCCUUGGUUCCUAGUGUGGGGUGGAUAGAGGAGGAGUGUGAGCAUCAUGGAGACAUGGGUGGGGUGGUGGGGUGAAGGGGCUCAUUGUAGAAGGGAUGCCUUGCUCAUCAUUGAGUAGCAUUAAGGUAUUUCAAAACUGCCAAGGGGGCUGGUGUGGAUGGACAAUAAUGCAGCCGCAGUUGGGGAAUACUUCGCUUCAUAGUAUUGGAGCACGUGUUAAUGCUUCAUUUUGGAGCGUGUCGUGUGGAUGAUGUUCUGUUUUCUGUUUGUAAAUUAUUUGCUAAGUGUAUUUUUUGCUCUAGAUCUUUCUCCCCCUCUCUGUUCUACAGUUGUAAUAGAGAUAAAAAGAUGAGUUGUGCCCGUGAAAGCCUUGUUUGUCCUCUGACAGAAGUCAAUGAAAGGGCCUCUCAUCCCUUCCUGGGGGAGGGGGACACUCUGUGAGUGUCCGAGAGGCAGCUACCUGCACUCUAAAUUGCAAACAGAAACCAGGUGUUUUAAGACUGAAUGUUUUUUAUUUAUCAAAAUGUAGCUUUUGGGGAGGGAGGGGAAAUGUAAUACUGGAAUAAUUUGUAAAUGAUU